CUCUGAAGGGAUUCCAGCACUCUGUACAUGUGCAUAUGCUGCCAUGUGAAUCACAAGGCCACCUUGCAAUAAACUGUGCUUUCCAAUUAUGUGAUUUUCAUGAAUAUGUGCUUUUGUUUCUGAAGCACUGGAAUGUAUUUCUGUUGGAUUUGAAACGCUUUAUUUUGAAAAGUGGAUUUAUCUUUUAUUAUUUUCACAGUCUAGAUUUCUAAGCAGCUGCUAAUAAGUAAACUCCGAAAGAGGAUAAAAGAUAUAUUUACCAACAAUUCCUGGAACUUCUUGAGCACUAACUUAAAAGUUCAUCUCUACUGGUUUAAGUCAAUUUUGUUAAGAUGCUUUAACUUAAAGGUGCCAGCAGUGGCAUCAUUCCCAUUGCUAAGCAUUAGUGUUAGAAAUUCUCAUUCCUAAUGCCAAGAGAUUCAUGGCUCAUUAUGAUCUGGCUUAGUUUAGUAGCCUGUUGUUCUUGUGUUUCCGAGUAUUUGUUCUAAUUCAAAACAAAUGGGAUUGCUGGCAACUGAACAGAGACAUAUGUAGGAAGUAACAAUUGGCAACCGUGAGUGCAUGAGGCAAGAUUCUAUAAUUGGAGCAUUUAGGUAUUAAUCCACACAAGCCAAUGGACGAGUCCUUUCCAGGUUGUUCUGUACAAGCAUUGGAACCGGAUUCUCUUCUCAGGCUGUAUUUUUGUAGUUGGCAUAUCGCUUGGUUCAGAUAAUGUUUAUACAAAUGAAAGUACGAGAAGAGUCAUUCCCUACAAAGGCAAACCCUGCUUUCUGCUGCGUGCAGUGUGCUCCUUAGGCAGCAAUAGAAACCUUGCGUGUAUGUUUGAAAAUAAAGUCUGGCUAAAUCCUGUAAGGCUAGAUCUGGACACCCUGCCCUACAAGGAAUUGGCGUGCUUGUGAAUGAUUGCUUUCUUACCUUCACAGUAGAAAUACAUAGUGAAAUAUGACAUAUUUCCCUUUGAAUACAGGGAGCGUUAAAUUUUAUCUUCCACAAUUUAGUUUUGGCCAUGUACAUAAAGUCUUGUGUGACCAAGUUAUUUUAGAUCAUAUCUAGAGUAGCGAUAAAACAGAUUAUAAAAAAAUGUAUAAGAUAAAUUUAUUUGCUGUAAGUUUUUUAAUGGAGCGAAGUGAAUGAGAGGGGAGAAAAGUGUAUAGUAUGUUUUUUCCCCGUAUAGAUUCAAAUGACCUGCAAGCUUAAUGAGAGCAAUUUUGUUGAAUUUAUUGGACCAUACACACUUACCUAGAGAGCAAAUUAGAUAAAUUUGAUCUGUUGUUGUGUCAGAAGAACAAAGAUGGUUUAAAAUCCCUUUUGCACUUCCAUUUCCUAAGUGGGAACAAGUCUGGAACAUGUUCUAGUCCUGGCAUGGAAGAGAUCAGCUGUGUCAGGCUGGUUUAUCUCAUCAGUAAUUGGCCUUUGAGGUAAUUUAUGCGAUCCCUGUUCAUAGGGACAUGCUGUCUCUUUUGUGUUGCCUUCUUCACAGGAACUUUGUGGUCAGGAGAUAUCCCACAAAAAAGAAUGCCCAAGGUUGCUUGUUAGGAGAACUUUACAUCCUCUUUGCAUCACAGCAGGAAUGGGAAUAGCAAAUUUGGUUUUGCAAACUCAUUUAAAAUACAAAAUGAUGUAACAGUCUUUUUUGUUUCUGUGUCAGGGUUUCCUUGACAGAAGAUUACGCCUUUGUCACAAACUGCAGUGAAAAGCAGAGAUACCUGGGCUAACCUGGAAUGAAUGAGGGCAUUUGCCACAGGCUAUGUAGCUUUUACGACACUGGAGUUGGAGCAAAAUAAAUUGGCUUGCAAGAAGCUCUGUGCUACAUAACUCGACUGCUUCUGUUAUCUGAGAUAGACUGCAUAGUUAAAUUAAGACUGAGAAGGAGGAUAUAUUACUGUUUGUAAAAGACAUUCAGGAAUAAGUACAAAGGAGGGAGAAGAAUUAUUGAAAUUGAACCUGCUUUAAGAUCAAAUGGAUAUUAAUUGCUUCUGAAUGAAUUUAGAGUGUAAAUUAGAACAAGGUUUUUGACAUCAAGGGAAUGAUGUCUGAUAUCUGGCAUGGCCUUUCAAAUAGGGCAGGGAGGAAAAGGAACCUAAAUUAUUUCAAGAUGGAUCUUGAUAAAUUAAUAUAGGUAGUGAUCCCAGAGAUGGAAAUUAAAGUUUGUGAUUAUAAUACCAUAGAUCAUAGGCUCAAAGAGACCUCAGAAAGCAUCCAGUCCAUUUCCUUGCUCCAGCUUAUUCUCAAUUACCUUUAAAUCAUCCUAGGCUUAUCCAGCCUGAUCUUAAAUAUGAUCUCAUCUGAUGAGACUCUGCUGCCCUGUUACUCUUCCAUUCAAUCACUAGUCCAACCAUUAAAAAGCUUUCCUAAUCUCAACUUAAGCCUUCGUAGCACAAUUUAAGUUAAUUUCUUCUUGUCCUUUCCACAGCAGACUUGGAGAACAAAUUAGCAUCCUGCCCCUUUAUAGCCAUCUCUUAUGUUCUCGGAAACUCCUGUCCCUUUUCCCAGAAUCACGGAGUGGUUGAUGGAAUAUCUCAGUGUUUUCAUUCUGAUAUUAACCCUCAGUUCUUCAAGUCUUUUCCCUGAAAACUUGUCUUCUAGAUCUCUGAUUGUUCUCAUACUCUGUGCUGGGCUCUCCAGGUGUUUCUCUUCCUUCUUCCCAUUCCUCCUGAUGAUGGUCUACCAGUACUGAAUGCAACAGAAGGAUUAUUUUGUGACUCUCGGGCAUAGUGCUACUGCUUAUUUAUCCAAGUUUUAGUGUCAUUUUUUCAAUGUGGGGUGUGGUUUACCUCCCAGUCGUCUAGGGGUUUUUCAUUAAAUACAUUCACUGCUGUGGCAGGGUAUAGGAUGUUAGAAAUGCCCUUGAUCUCUGCAGCUGUCUUUAUGAGAUGCUUUUGUGAGUUGCUUCUAAUAAAUCUCUUAUGCUCCUUGACAGGGAAUGUUUGAGGUUACUGUGGAAGGGGGAGGGGGGCUGUAAACAGAAAGCUUUGUGGAUCCAUCUAGACUAAGCUUCUGUUAUGUGAUUGACUUUGAUUCUACUUAGGUGGAUACUUCUUAUCCUGUAUCCCUGGUGCAGUCAAAGCUGGGACAAUCCAUAAAGCAGACGUAGCCUACAGGCCUCCCCGCAGUUGGAAUCCACAAGAAGGUUAUGAAUGAAGAGCUGUGCUGUGUUUAGGCAUUGGCGGGGUUGCUCCUUGCCUCCUACCCUGAAGAGUGCACCAUACUACCUGCUGUAAAUGCAGAUUGCUGGGUGAAGGAGGGACAAACAAGCUCUUUUGUGCCAUCAAGCUGAUGCUAUGGAAAUCUCUUUCUAAGACAGCAAAAUCUGAGGGCACUGUACCACUGGAACUGCUUUGUGGCUGAAUGUCUGGAAUUCUGCCAAACAUCUGGCUGGGAAGUUGCCCUCGGCAGCUGGAGCAUGUGACUGUCAAGCUGAAGCACGAGCUGGGUGUUACCGCUGUGAUGAACUUCCAGACCGAAUGGGACAUUGUUCAGAAUUCCUGGGGCUGCAACCGCUACCCGGAACCCAUGAGCCCUGAAGUCCUUAUGAAACUGUAUAAAGAGGAAGGGCUUGCCUAUGUCUGGAUGCCAACCCCAGACAUGAGCACUGAAGGAAGAAUACAGAUGUUGCCACAAGCUGUCUGCCUCUUGCACGGGCUACUGGAGAACGGACACACUGUCUAUGUUCAUUGCAACGCUGGUGUUGGCAGGUCUACGGCUGCUGUCAGUGGCUGGCUGAAGUACGUGAUGGGAUGGAGCCUGCGGAAAGUGCAGUACUUCUUGGCUUCCCGGAGACCGGCUGUCUACAUAGACGAGGAAGCUCUGAAUCGUGCUGAAGAUGAUUUCUACCAGAAAUUUGGGCAUCUUCGUUCCUCAUGCAAAAUACAAGAGUAGAAAAGCAGAAGAGGAAAAGGAAGGUGAAGAGGAAUCCUUACAUUUGAACCCCAAGGACUUAGAAAUCAUGAGUCAGACGCCCGCCUCUCCUCUUCAGUUUAUAAACUCCUCGUAGAAGUCGUGAGAAUUUUGUUUCAAAAUUGCCUUUGAGGGUUUUUUUAUUUGCUUUCUUUAAGCUGAUAUGAUUUAUUUUUUCAAGCCUUUCGUUGUAAGUAUGAGACCUAGAAACUCUGCAAAGGGAAACUUAAGAUUUUCUUUUAACUGCUUGCCUACAGGACCUGAGUUUUCAGGGUAGGCCUAAGACUUGAGAUGAAAUGGUUAGACUUAGCAAUAUUCAGUGUCAAGAAAGAAAAGGCAUUUUCACAAAAAUGGAUACAAAGGUUGACUGGAUUAAGGUUCAGGCUAGGAUGGAGCUGAUCAUCGUCAAAGCUGCUCAGUUAUUUUAGGUGGGAGCGUACAUUAUUGAAGUCUUCUCUAGUAAUUUGGUAGACAAGUGGUAUUAAUGAGAAAAACCAGAAAGAAACUGAUUUCUCAACUCAGUUUCUUAAACAAAAAGCUAAUGUUUAAUGCAGUGAACUAAAAUUUGCUCUCUUUGCCUAUCUAGUUAAUGUUAAAUAUUAGACGUUACAGCUAUGUCCUGUUGUGACAUCGGGGUUAUGCUAGGAUGUAGCAUGGGGAGAGGAAACAGCUCCACUUACUGCAGUAUUACUGUUUUACAGGGAAGGACUACUAUUUAUUCGUUAUCCUAGGCUGUGAGACCUCUAAGUCAAAGAUACAUUUUGCUCUUCUAGUCCGUGCAGUGCUGUAGGGUGGGCUCCCUAGGUGCCAAGUCAAUCUAAGCCGUAACCACUGGGCUACAACAGGACCUAUAGGAACUGUGUGAUAAGCCUCUGCACAUGCCUGGCACCACAGCCUCUGUGUUGCUGACCUAGAUUAAUUUCUUCACUAUAGCAAAAGUCUCUCCUUGUGCAAGCACUGUGUGGGUGUUCACAGAUGCUAGAUUUCACUGACUGAAGCUAAUGCUGGGCUGUCUCUGGAAUGAAUGAAGCCAAUACAUUCAUCUACAGAAGGAAAGGGCAACUCUGAGGAGGGUUUCUCAGGAGCUUACCCUCAGCAGGCUAAUGUUGGCUUUGUGGGUGAUCCUUAGUGUUUUCUGGUGCUGCUUAGUCCCUUAGCUGAACUAAGCAGUGGCACCAACAGCUUCCAGCCCUGCUCAGGUAAAACCAGUCUGCUGUGGGUUCAGCCCAAGAGAGAAGGGAGAGCAAGAGUUUACUAAGGAACAGAGGAUGAAGGAUGCAUAAACAUUAAGAAAUCUAAUUUCUAUAGGCUUAUUCUUCAGUGAAAACUCUUUUUUUUUUUCCAGCCAACUUGUUCCUCUAAAGACCUAGUCAGUGCCAGAGUAGUUUAGUUGAUAUAUAUUGAUUAUCUGAACGCUUAAUGGAGAAACUAGUAGGUAUGAACUGUUUAUGGAGAAUGUCCAGAAUAAUAUAAUACAUUUUAUUUAUCCUAUACUUCAAUCAUCUUCAAAAGGAAAAACAUUUAUUUAAGUUAUAUGUGUGGUUUUGAUCAUGACUUUGUUUCUGACUUUUUUGAAAUAACACUGCUGUUUAGAAAAUGGAUGAGAAGAGUUCUCUAUUAAAUAAAAACAUAAUGACAAUCCCA